AUGGCAGCCGGUUCCGCCAAACUCCAAACACCCGGCUCCGAGGCCGGAGGCGGCGCCGCCGACGAUUCUAAGGCACCCAGCUGGAACAACAAGAAGGCUAAAGACGAGUUUGAAUCCUUCAAGGCGAAACUCCUAGACCAGCGCUUCGACCCGAAGCACUUCCAAGAUCCUUUGCUCCCCAGAAACGGCUCUGACCCCCGAAAUAAACCCAAAGGGACGCCGGAGGUUGAGGGAAGGAUCGACCAGAUCAUCGCUCAGUACAAAGCCCGAAAUUGA